UUCGAAAAAUCCCUCUAUGACCUGAUCAAAGGUCUCCGAACUCACAAAGGCGGGGAGGAUGAAUAUGUCCAAAGCUGCUUGCGCGAGUGUAAAGCGGAGAUCAAAUCCCAAGACAUGGGUAGGCGCUCGAUAUUGAAUCCCCGGAUGAUCUGUCUCUCCCCCGAUUCCCGUCGUGCAAGAUCUGAGCAGUAUAACCAGGACAUCGUCUCUCCCACCAUCCCCACGUUAUCAUUACCGCUAGCUUCUCUACCGCACAUCAUCACCCCAUCACUGGCCAUGUCAUUAUUACCCGAUAUUCUAUCUCGACUUUCACAUUCAAGCCCAGUCGUCCGGAAGAAGUCGAUUGUGUGCCUCUACCGCCUUGCGCUAGUGUAUCCGGAGGCGCUCAAGCUCGGAUGGCCCAAAAUUCAAGAUCGAUUGAUGGAUGACCAAGAGGAUAGCAGUGUGACCACGGCUGCUAUCAAUGUUGUCUGUGAAUUAGGAUGGCGGCGACCACACGAUUUCCUCCCACUGGCCCCGAGGUUCUUCGAGCUUCUCGUCGACAGCGGCAAUAAUUGGAUGGCCAUAAAGAUUAUCAAGCUUUUCGCGACUUUGACACCCUUGGAGCCAAGGUUGACCCGCAAACUGCUGCGUCCUUUGGUCACUAUUAUUCAAACCACAUCGGCGAUGUCCCUGCUAUACGAGUGUAUCAAUGGAAUCAUCCAAGGAGGAAUUCUUGAUGGCGAGGACAAUCUUCAGGAAAGAGAUGACGUUGCAACUCUCUGUGUUGGGAAGCUUAGAGGGAUGAUCGUCAUCGACUCUGAUCCUAACUUGAAAUACGUCGCUCUUCUGGCAUUGAACCGUAUUGUCACCACACACCCUACCUUGGUGUCCAUGCAGCAGGAUGUGAUUAUGGACUGCUUGGACGAUCCAGACAUUUCUAUCCGGCUACAGGCACUGGAGCUUGCUGCUGGAAUGGUGACAAGUGAGACCCUGCAAGUGGUGGUAGAACGACUACUUGAUCAGCUGCGAUUGGCUACGCUGUCCUCGGCAAAUGGACCUGAACUUGAGACAGUACCAUCUAUCCACCCUGAAUUUGAAGAACCUGAGGGGUCCAGGUCUCCAGAACCUAGUGCACAUACUGCGGUCGCCUUGCCAAACGACUACCGAAGUGAGGUCGUGCAUCGCAUCUUAGACAUCUGCUCUCAAAACAACUAUUCAGAGGUUGUGGAUUUUGAGUGGUACGUCAGUAUUCUGGUCCAACUAAUCCGUCUCCUGCCACCGUCAGAGGUAGACAAGUAUUGGAAUCAGACGCCUGGCCAGGACGCUGCCGUGAACUUCAAAUCGAGCACUGCUUUCCGAAUUGGAUCGGAGAUACGCAACAUCGCUGUGCGUGUAAGAGGAGUGCGAUUGGAGGCGACCAGAGCUGCCGAGUCGCUUUUGCUGAUCGACAACCGAUCAAAUUUCUUUCCGGCCGGUUCAAACGUCGGCAGUGACGUCCUCGGCCCCAUAUCUUGGGUCGCAGGCGAAUAUGCCAACGAUCUCUCCUCACCUAGUCGGACUCUUCAAUCUUUGAUCGACCUAUCUAACGUCACCCUGCCUGCAAGGACACUUCAACUAUUCCUGCAGGCAAUUCCAAAAGUCUUUGCACGGGUGAACCGAGAUUCGGGACCGGGUGAUUCGUGGAAAACUGAAACAUCUCUCCUUCUGGCGAGAGUCGUGGAGUUUCUUGAGGCGUUGGCAGCUCAUCCGGACUUGGAUGUGCAGGAGCGUGCUAUCGAGUUCUUGGAGGUUCUUCGCUUGAGUGCUGAAGCACUACGUCCUGAUGUCCAGGAAAUGCCGUUCCUUCUCGCCUCCGUCCUUCCUAGUCUCUUCACGGGUCUGGAGCUCAACCCGGUAGCAUUCAGUGCUCAAAAGAAGGUGGUCUUGCCUCCAACCUUGCAACUGGAUGUACCGUUCAAUGAUGAUCUCCAGAGCCUAUUUCAUACAUUGGACGGUUCUCAAUUCGAAACAAACCAGCGUGGCUCGUUGCAGGAUUUCUACUACGUCUCUGACCUCGCUCUCUCCCCUGCCAAGGCACUUCCUGCCAUUGCUUCUAUUGAGAUGCACCCCGAUAGCUCAUACCAGAACGUUCUUCGGGGCGCAACAGAAUCCUCCGGUGCGACCGAGAGGCGAAAACUCGGGCGCAGGGAACGCUACAAAGACGAUCCAUUCUACAUUGCCUCGCUUUCAGGGACAUCAACGCCUCCGUUCGCCAACGAUUCGAACGCCGACGCACUGGAUAUUGAUUCCAUCCCCAUCGUGGACUUGAAGUUGGACUCCAGUCAGCCUGAUCGCUCGGAGCGAGAUCCUGGUAUCCGCCGGAGCCGACACAAAAAAAUGGAAGUCGCAGCUGAUGAGACAUUCGGAACUGAGGAGAUCCCAUCCCGCGACUAUCUGGUUGGACCGGCUGGUGGUCCCACAGGUACUAAGCGCUCACUGCUACAGGUGGACUCUAGCGGGCUCGGACACCUAUCACUGGCAAGCAAAGACGGGCCCGAAGCUAUCUUGGUGGAGGAUGACGGCGACGCUGAGAUGAAGAAGGCGAUGCGAAAUGUGGAGCAGAUGCGUUUGCUCAUGCAACGGGCCUCGGAACGGAUUGAAUUGGAUGGAAUCCCGACCGAAGGCACUUUGAUCAAGAAGAAGAAAGGCAAGAAGAAGGUCACACCAUCGUCGACCCAGGAGGCUACUAUUGAUGAGGCCUCCUUCCAGCCGGCCGAAUUGAAGAAGAAGAAGAAGCGGAAGGAGAAGAAAGAGAAAUCAAAGAAAGAGCUGCAGGCAGACACAGGAGACAUCGUGAGUGAUCCGUCGGAAGCUCUCACUUAGCACUCUUCUUGCUUUUGCGGCCUGUCUUCAAUCAGGUGGUCUGGUCGAAGGUCAGAAGUUUAUCUACAACUUGUUUACAAACAGAUAAUAGCGAUCUACGACUUUGUCCAUAGAAUAGCAUCUUUGAAGGCAGC